CCAUAACAUGCCACUGAUUAUGUUUUUCCUAUGUGUUGCCAUUCUUCAGCAGUAAGGUAUUAUGUGUGUGUACUCAAUUAUUAAAUGUUUUCACACUUUAAUCCUUACGUUACAUGUUUCUUGGAGAAAAUUGUUUUAUGAAUUUAUAACUGGAUAUUUUAUUGUUUCAAGCACUUGUUCUUUGUCUAUAUUCAUAAGUAACGGGAAAUUAAUUUGUUCUUUGUACGGUGCAUUAAUAAAAACUUCACGUGUUGGCAUUCCUUUUUAUCUCCAAGAUAUUGUAAGGUAACUAAGAGAAAAGUUAAUUAAGGUAAGAAAGGAAAACUUGGUCCUGAGCAAACAUAGGGACAAUAUGACCCAUGAAUGAUCAACCGAAAGGAAUGUUCUACUCUCAACAGUUGGCCGUACUAUGCUUACUCUCUAAGCGUUUUUCUCGUGACUAGUAAUGUGAAAUAAAUUAUUUGUUGCCGUUUAAUUUAUUUCGUUAACCAUAUAAUUACCGCUAUAGGUCUAUAAAAAUUAAUUAACGUAAUGAUUGGUUUUAAUUCAUAGAGCUUUGUUAAGGAAUCACAGAGUACUGCGACUUCACCGUUAAAAUGAGAAAUUUGUUUGAUUUUCUCAGUUGCUUGAUUAUAGUAUUCAUGCACGGAAAUCGUUUGUUAUAUAGUCAAUCGCUGGUUAGUAAGAAAGCUGUAGCAAAUAUUCAAGGUAAAAUAGUAGGCGGAAAGGCGGUGAAUAUGGAAAUGUUUCCAACUUCUGUACAAUUCUUUAACGUUGGGGCAAUGUGCGGUGGAACUAUACUUAACAGUUGGAGUGUCCUCACAGCUGCUCAUUGCUUUGAUGUUAAUACUGAUGUAAAUGAUAUGGUAGUACAAGUUGGGUCGAGAUACUUCUACGAUUUCAAUGCUAAAUCUCACGACAUAUUUUCCUUUGCAAUCCACGAGAGAUACAACAAAAGCGCACAGUUUGCGUGCGACAUAGCGUUGUUAUUCCUCCAAACUCCAAUAAAGUUUACGAAUAAAUCCAAGAAAGCUCUAAUAGUGACUCAUAAUAUGUGGAUGAAUGAGAAAGAGAAGACAUUUAUUGCUACUGGUUGGGGGUGGACUACUUAUGAUGGACAAAUAUCACAACAUGGUUUAAUGAUGACUACCCUUAAGUUUAUUUCAUCCAAGAAGUGUAGUAAGAUGCAUGGAAUCAAACUGACUGCUGAUAUGUUUUGCCUGUAUGGAGAAGGAAAGAGAGAUACUUGCAGGGGAGAUUCCGGAGGUGGAGUACUUUGGAACGGAAUGCUGGUAGGGAUUACGUCACAUGGUGAUGGAUGCGCUAAAAAAUACAAACCGAGUGUCUAUGCUAAUGUUUGGUAUCUGAGAAACUGGAUAGAAAAAACAUUUUACAAGUUUAAGGAUGAGCACUGUUUGAAUAAUAAGGUAUUGAAUAUGACAACUUCAUUAUAGACGUUUGGGAACAAUUCUUUUAUUUCUUAUUAAUAUUAUCUACGUACUCUAAUGACAUACUUCUGUAGUUAACGUCUUUGACGCAAUAUUUCUUCAAUAAUUGGUGACUGUUGAUCAUAAUCCACCUGUGGAUAAAAUGUUCAUACAGAGUGUGAAAAUGUAUGACAAUAUGGAAAGCAACGAAAGCACUCACAAAACUUACAACUUUCUAAGGAAAAUGGAUUGAAAUGUAAAUGACGACUUUUUAUUAAUGGAAUAUGAAAGAUUAUAUUUUAUUGUUAUUAUUUAAAUAUAGGAUUAAAAAGGAAUUUGA